AGACAUAUAAUUAGAGAGACUAAAAAUCUUUGUUUGGUAAACAAAAUCCGGGAUCAUUCAAGAUCUCAAAAGUAAGAAUGGUUAAAAGAGAUUUACGGAGCCGCAAAUCUUAAAGUGAAAACUCUUAAUUUAGGUUGAAAUUGAAAUGUUGAGAAACGUAGAUAGUUAGAUAGAUAUUUACGUAUACUUUGCUCUCCUAAAAAAAUCUCAAAAAGAAAAAUAGAAAAAAAAUGACAUAACAAUAAAAAAAAUAUUAAAUAAAAAAUAAAAAAUAUAGAGAAAUAGAGAAAGAGAAGGCGCACCCUGAGGCAGAAUAGAUAUUUUUGUUUGUUGUAUCCAUCCAUCCCAAUUUUGAAGGCGUUCCUUUUGCUGCUGUCGUAUCGUCUUUGUAGCGUUUUAGGGUUUCUCGAUCUUCGUCAACAAUUCUCUCUCUCUCUCUCUCUCUCUCUCUCUCUUCUCCAUCUCAGGGUUUUACGUUUUCUCAUCAGGGUUUGAUACUAUGCGAUCUUCAUGGGCUGAUUUGGCUGCAAAUUCUGCGGCUGAAAAUGCACCACCAACUUCUGCUGCUAACAAUGCCAACAACAACAACAACACUCAACCUCCUUCUCGACCUGUUUAUGUUCCUCCUCAUCUGAGGAACCGUGGACCUACAGCACCAGCACCAGCUUCGUCGGAGAGAUUUUCUGCUCCGACUGGUUUUGAUAAUUCCGGAUCGCGGUGGGCGCCGCCUCCAAGGAACGAUUAUCGUGGACGUGGUGGUGGUGGUUUUGGGAAUAGGACUGGUGGUGGUGGUGGUUGGGAUCGGCGUGAAGCGAAUCCGUUUGCGGAUCAGGAUGAUUCUGAGGAGCCUAUUACUCAAGAGGAGCAGGAGAGUACAGGGAUUAACUUUGAUGCUUAUGAGGAUAUUCCGGUGGAGACUAGCGGUGGAAAUGUUCCUCCUCCUGUGAAUACUUUUGCUGAGAUUGACUUGGGUGAAGCACUUAAUCAGAAUAUUAGGAGAUGCAAAUAUGUGAAGCCGACGCCUGUUCAGCGGCAUGCAAUACCGAUAUCUCUUGCAGGAAGGGAUUUGAUGGCUUGUGCACAGACAGGUUCUGGAAAGACUGCUGCUUUUUGUUUUCCGAUUAUCAGUGGAAUUAUGACUGGACAACCUGCGCAGAGGCCACCUCGUGGGGUGCGUACCGUGUGUCCACUUGCGCUCGUUCUCUCGCCAACUAGGGAGCUAUCGAUGCAGAUACACGAAGAGGCUAGGAAGUUUUCAUAUCAAACAGGGGUAAGAGUGGUUGUUGCUUAUGGUGGAGCUCCAAUAAACCAGCAGCUACGAGAGCUUGAGAGAGGGGUAGACAUUCUUGUCGCAACUCCAGGAAGACUGGUAGAUUUGUUGGAAAGGGCUAGAGUUUCACUUUCACUGAUUAGGUAUUUGGCCUUAGAUGAGGCAGAUAGGAUGCUGGAUAUGGGUUUUGAGCCACAGAUAAGGAAGAUAGUAGAACAAAUGGACAUGCCUCCGGCAGGUGUCAGACAAACUAUGCUGUUCAGUGCCACUUUUCCAAAAGAGAUACAGAGACUAGCCUCUGAUUUCCUUUCAAAUUAUAUUUUUCUGGCUGUUGGAAGAGUGGGAUCAAGUACUGAUUUGAUUGACCAAAGAGUUGAGUAUGUUCAAGAGUCUGACAAGAGAAGCCAUCUCAUGGACCUUCUUCAUGCACAGAGAGCAAAUGGUGUACAAGGAAAGCAAGCUUUGACUUUAGUUUUUGUGGAGACAAAGAAGGGAGCUGAUGCUCUGGAACACUGGUUGUGUCUUAAUAAUUUCCCAGCAACUACUAUUCACGGUGACAGGACACAACAGGAAAGAGAAGCAGCAUUGAGAUCAUUUAAAAGUGGCAACACCCCCAUAUUGGUUGCCACUGAUGUGGCUGCACGUGGUCUUGACAUUCCUCAUGUUGCACAUGUAGUCAACUUUGACCUUCCCAAUGAUAUUGAUGAUUAUGUACACCGUAUUGGAAGGACGGGGAGAGCAGGAAAGAAAGGUCUUGCAACUGCAUUCUUUAAUGAAAACAAUUCAUCCCUAGCAAGGUCUCUACAAGAUUUGAUGCAAGAAGCAAAUCAAGAAGUACCUGCUUGGCUCUCGCGGUUCGCUGCACGAUCAUCAUUUGGUGGAGGAAAGAAUCGUCGAUCAGGAGGCCGAUUUGGUGGCCGCGACUUUCGAAGAGAUGGUUCUUUUAAUAGGGGUGGUUCUGAUUACCAAGGUGCAGGAAAUAGCAGUGGUGGAUAUGGGGCUUCUGGUGGGUAUGGCGGAGGAUAUGGUGGUGGGUAUGCAGGAAAUAGUGCGGGUCCUGGGGUGACCAGUGCAUGGGACUGAUUUUUCAACUUUUGAUAGCAUUAUAUACUGUGUCUUAGGUAUUAGGUGUGAGAACAUACACCUAUAGAAUUUUUUUUUUCUUCUCCUUUUCUCUACUUCAAGUUUAUUUUGAUUUACUUUUUCUCCUAGUGUUUUCAAGCCAACGUCAUUUCUUAUGGUUUACAAUGCUAAUUGACAAGGAAAUGUGGGUGUGAAUGUGGUAUUAUUACCACUUGAAUAGAGGUUGUGUAGUGUUAGCAGGUGUUGGCAAUGGCGAUAACUAACAUAUUAGGAGUUCCUUUUUUGACAGCUUUAUGUAACCAACAUUUCGGGUGGUUAUUUCGGGGAGAUGUAGAAUGUGGCGGGAGAGGUUGAUUGAGGCUUUUCAUUACAGUCGUAUCUAUUUAUCUCUUGAUCAUGUUUCUACUGAAUAUAUGUUGUCAUUUUAACAUUCCCUACUUGGAUGGGUAAGGUUUUGUAAUAGUUAGUGGUGACAAAUGAAUGAAAAGUUCUGUUGCUGGAUGUUUGUAUUGGUACUCAUACUUGUAUUACUCUAGCUGAUUUUCAUGGUAAUAUUUGUUUUCUUCUGA